UUUUUUUUAAAUCUUAUUUUAAUAAUGCGGUCAAAAACCUCAGAACGUACACCUGUUCAAGUUGAUUGUCCACACAUCCAUAAAAUAAUAAAAAAGGACUCCCCGCUAGCUAAAAUUGAAUCAUCUUCAUUUAAGAAGCAAAUUACUAAUUCUUCGCUUCAUUGCGAUAUCUGUGAGACUAGAGCUCCAAAACUUUGGAUUUGUCUGCAUAAUCGAUGUCGGGCAGUUGUGUGUCAUACUAGUUCGAAAUCGCAUAUGCGUAAUCAUUUUGACAAGGAAAAUCGAGAUGAUUCAUGUCAUUCAAUUUUCGUUAACCCACAUACACUUAAGAUAUUGUGUCAUGCUUGUUCAUCUGAAUUGAAUCCAUUUGGAGAUAAUAACUUUUUAACGUCGGAAGCACGUACUUAUUUAAAAACUGUUAUAAGAUAUCUGCAAAUGAAACGAAACAAGUCACAAAUAUCGAUUGAUCAAAUACCGAUUGAUGUUCCAGGCCUAGUUGGAUUAAAGAAUCUAGGAAAUACGUGUUAUGCAAAUGCAGCUCUACAAUGUUUGUCAAAUACACCUGCUUUGGCAGAUUUUUUUAAUUAUUGUGACGCUUAUAUACCACAAAUUCUAUAUAUUUCUAAGCAUCCUAAUUAUAAAUUGGGGGAAUAUUUCGGUCAAUUUGUGAAAGCAAUGUGGAAUGGGACCAGCCCGAUAUUUGUACCAGUACAAUUGAUGAAUGAGAUAAGAAAAUAUAAUGAGGUGUUCCGAGGUCAUGGACAACAAGAUUCUAUGGAAUUUCUUCGUUGUGUACUGGAUAUACUUCAUGAAGAACUUCCAUAUCCGCAAUUUAUGCCUGGUAAAGUAUCGAAAAACGGGGAAUGCAUAUAUAUGAAUCAGACAAUAUCAACUAGUACCAGUUCAAAUAAUAGUCAUAAUGUAUGUGAGACUAUUUCUUCGACUUCAUCAACAACAACGAAAACUUCAACAACAGACAGAAUUCAGAGGCGUCAAUCUACACGUAACAGUAUUAUCAGUCAAAUUUUCCAGGGAACUCUUGAAAGUAGAAUCAAAUGUUUACAUUGUAAAAAGGAAUAUUUAAAGGAAGAAAAUUUUUAUGAUUUGCAAAUUCAAAUCGAUAAAAAAUUUAAGUUAAAAUCGUCAGAAAAAUUUCCAGAGAAUUUAUCAUCAUCAUCAUCAUCAUCUGGCUCUGGUUCUGUUAUGGGUUCUCUGGCUGGAUGGUUAGGAAUGAAUAGUCGAGUUGUUAGACUUCAGGAUUGUUUGUCUUCGUUUUGUGCAAUUGAGAAUUUGACUGGUGAAGACAAAUACAGAUGCGAUAAAUGCGAAUCUCUAAAUGAUUGUCAAAAGAGAUUAAGAAUUACACGAUUGCCAGAGACGUUAUGUAUACAACUCAAACGAUUUCGCUAUGAAUCUUGUUUUUCAUCGAAAAUUGCAACACAUGUUCAAUUUCCAAUGGAAGAUUUAGACAUGAGACCAUAUUGUAAAGAUUUAUCUAACGAAAAAGGAAAUCCUGAACUUGCAGAUACACUGAAUAUAACAAAAUAUGAUUUAUAUGGCCUUAUUCAUCAUCGUGGCGUAUUAGGAGGUGGACAUUAUAUUGCUUAUGUAAAAAAUCCAAUUGAUAAAAAUUGGUAUGAAUAUGAUGAUACUUUUGUUACCAGAAAAUCUGAAGCAGAUAUAUCUCGGUUGGAAGCAUUUGUUUUGUUUUAUCACAAAAAAGGUUCAGAGAAAGAUCGCGAACGGACAGAAAUGUCAUCAAAGAUUAACGGAGAUUCUACAGCAGAAACUUGUUAUUUCAUUUCGCGAUUAUGGUUUAAUAGAUGGCAAUUUAUGACGGCGCCUGGUCCAAUAACCAAUUAUGACUUCAUAUGUCCACAUGGAGGAGUAAAUACAAGGCGGUACCCAAAUAUACACAACAUGGUGGUUAAAGUACCAUUUAGCGUUUAUACAACAUUUGUUAAUAAGUAUGGUACGGACGGCAGUCUUCCCUUUCAUUCAGCUGAUAAUGCUAUAUCGGGGUGCACCUUUUGCGAGCAAGAAGAAAAAAUAUUAGAACAAAGACGUCGAAAAGAGGAUGAAGACAUCAGGAAGAUUGAUACUAAUUCAAUAAAGCGUGGCGAAUAUUGGUUUUUAAUAAGUGCCCCAUGGCUUUUAAGUUGGCAUUAUUUUAAAUCCGGAGGGUCUCCACCUGGACCAAUUGAUAAUUAUCAUUUUCUUAAUGAGGAUGGAAGUCCAAAGGUCGGAAUGGAAAGAGGAAUUAAUUAUCGAGGAAUAAAUGAAAGAGUUUGGAGCUAUUUUGAACAUGUAUAUGGAGGAGGUCCAGUAUGUGUUAGAAAUGCUAUUGAUCUCUAUGCUCCAAAUCCGUUAAUUUCAGAUUAUACGAAACAUGGAAAAUCAUCAAAAACAAAAUGGAUCAAAAAGUAAAUAAAAGAAUUUCGUAGUUUUUUUACACGAAAUUUCUUUAAUGUAUUUAAUUUAUAAUUGUAAAUUUACA